GCUCAUUAAGGCCCCAAACCCAGCCACACAGCUAGAGCCCAUCAGGGGCUGUAGCGAGUGGGUGGGCAGCCCUGGGAGCUGGGAGGGCACAGGCUGCUCCACCUAUAAAUGUCCCCUCAAGGGGUAGGGGUACCCUUUGGUGGAGCUGUCCUUGUUCUCUGGAUUGGAAGCUGUGGCCUGGGGGGCCUCUUGAACUGCUGCUGGGGUGAGAGCUAAGGAAGACUGCUCUGAAGAACCUUCUUGUGAGACUACUGCUCUCUGCACAGCUCUGACUCAGGUUUGGAGAAAUACUCUAAUGUUACAGUGUGUGAAGGCUUUGAGGCUUGUUCUAAAGGAAAAUAAGUUUUCCUUACGAAGGGAGCUGCUACCAAUGCCUCAUUAUCUCCCCUAUGCUGCAGCAACAACCUUUCCUGGUGACCUGAGGCACCCACAGGAGAUAUUUGCCCUGUGCAUGGUACACAGGCAUACCAAUCAGCUGCCUUAUUAAAAUCUGGCUUUUCAUGCUUUUGAUGAGGUAAAGCUGAGCUAACAAAUCCUACUGCAGCCCUCCUGCAAGGCUGGUGGAUGGUGACAGAGAUAGUGUGAGGCCUGCUGCCUCUGCUUGCCUUAAGAGGCCCAGGGGAAUAUCAGCAAUAAGGCCUCGUGCCACCAGAUGCUGGACUCCUUCCACACCUCGUGCACAGGGACAGACCCUGGAAAAGCUGCAAACCCAGGAAAACAGCUUCUACUUACUGGUUAACAGGCCAGCCCACCAGAGCCAGUCCUUCAGGUAGCCGUGGCCUCCGUCUCCUGGGGAAUCGAAGCACACAGAUAUGCAGAAAUUAACGAUAACGUUCUUCAGAGCAAGAGGUGACAAAUGGUCCUCUGGAGAGGAUAAGUUACAAGAAGUGUGACUAAAAAAAUGUCCUGGAAGGACAGAAGCUGCAGACAUGCCAUCCUGCAUGAAAGUUAUGCUGGGUAAAGGGAUGAACAGAAAGCGAUGCUUGGGGCUGGAUGAUGCCAAUACAAUAAAAGCAGCUGUUUAAUCCUGUGUGGCAAAGGGAGUGGUAUCCAUUGCUCCAAAGCAACAGAGAUUAUCAGCUUGGGGUGCAGCAGCUGCCCUUCAGCCCUUGGCAGCAGUGGUCAUCUUCACUGGUUCAUCGUGGUGACCCUGUGCCCUGACCCAGUAAUGAAGGCCCUAGCUCAAGUUCUGUGGGCUCAUUGUGCUUCACGUUGGAUGUCCCACUGACCUGCCCGCCCCGUUCCCUGGGAGGAGGGAUCCUGGAGCAGAGGGAUGAAGGACAGAGGGGGCUGCUCCACACUGGGUGCCCCCCACCCAAAGGACUGUUCCCCAGGGAAGCUGCUGUGCUGCACCUUGCACCCCACUGGGCUCGCUGUGGAGUCCUGCACAUGGGUACUAAGGGGCACAAUGAACAUCGAAGUGCACAACAUCACUUACACCAGUGCCACGGUCUCCUGGGCCACAAACAACCCUUGUCCGGAGAAUUACUACCACGUCAUGUACCGCCCCAACUGGAACAGCGUCUUCGCCGGCUACUUACGCCAAAACUUCCACCGUGAGGAGCGAGUUCCCCACUCCCUCAGCUCCCUCGUCCUCCACCGACUCACGCCCUCUACCAUCUACGUCCUCUGCAUCACGUGCAAGAACUCCUACCCCUCCAGCAACCACUGCACCACGUUCCACACGCUGGACCAACCCCCCCUGCUUUUCGGCGGCUCGAAGCACGAGCCCACCACCUCCAUGUGGAUGGUGAGCAGCCUGCUGCUGCUCUGCUUCAUAGCUCUCCUGGCCUACGGCUGCCUGCAGUUCUGGUCGGCACGGUGCCGCGGGGCGUCCAGGCUGAAGGAGCCUGAUGGCAGCUCAGAAGAAGUGGGAGAAGGCAGCAGCUCGCUGGAUGGUCCCUCGAGUGAUGGACUGAAAGAGGAGCUUCUGGAAGUGCCCAUGACCACCGUGCUAAUGAGGAGCUCCAGUUUCAUGAGGGAGAGCCCAUAUAGUUCCCCCCGCUGCUUCUUUCCCUAUAAGAACAGCGAUGACAGGAGGGCCAUCUUGCCACAGCACGGCCUUCAGUGAGAGCAAAAGGGAGGCCCUGCUUAGAAGUUUGGUUCGUGCUGUUUUUCCCAAGCUCUUGCCAACACAAGCAUCUGUGUUGGGAACUGUUUGUCCCAGGGCAGAACAUGAGGUGGAAAUAUUAGCCACAGGGAGAAAGGCUUUUGUCAAGUGACAAAAAUAUUCUCAUUUACUGAGCGGUUUUUAAAAGGAAACCAAGUCAGCUUUCUGGGAACAGCCAGGCUAGGCUGACUGUAGUGUCAUUAUCUAAUCUGCAUCGGUACUGUAGAUUCACUUCAAAAUCAUCAACCAAUGUACACAAGAAAUAAACUCCACUCCAGU